AUGCACGAGCUGUUGGCAAUCUCGGCGCUGCAUCUCGCAUACACGAAGCCUGACAACGCCACAUGGUACCAUACUGCAUCUACGGAACUACAAACUUUGGCUCUCAACAAGUUCAACAGCGUAGAGAGGGACAUCAACGCCUCAAAUUGUGGCGCCGUUCUCUUCUUUUCCUUGCUGCUUGCGGUUCAUAUACUCGCCGACCCUUCUCGCACAGCUGGCCUAGAUUCAAACCAGUAUCUCGACCACGUCAUCGACUGCGUCAUGCUUAUGCGCAACGUCCCCAAACUCAUCAUCAAAGACUGGUACCAAUAUCUGAAGCAGACCGAACUCAAAACAAUGUUCGAAAUCCAACAGCCUGAGACACCUUACCAAAUUCCUCAGCCUUGCCUCGACCUGUCCAAGUUAAACACGAAUCCAGACCUGGGAGACCAAUCAAGGGACGCAUACGAAUCAGCGAUUGAGAGGCUGCAGUGGGCGUUUGCGGUAUCCAAAGUGCCUGAUGAAAGACACACAACCAUCCGCUGGUUAAUGGCGUGGCCCGUACAGCUCAAACCUGACUUCCUCGAAAGACUCAACCAACGGAGACCCGAAGCCUUGAUUAUCCUGGGAUACUUUGCAGCCUUGAUGACAUUUUAUACAGAAUGUUGGGCCGUGGGGGACUCUGGUCGCAUUCUAAUUGAGGCCAUAUCCUCACACCUCGGACCUCACUGGUCAGAGUGGAUGGAGUGGCCGAUCUCGUUGAUUGCAGCGAGGAACGGUGGCUAG